GAACUUGCCAACUUAAAUGCUUUCUUUCUGCCUUUUUCUAUGCGAAUGCUACAACUCUUGACGUACUUACCCUGAAGAAGUCUCUUCAAAGUGACCAUCAGAAUUCUGAUUGUUGUUCAGGCUCUUCUUCAUCUAGUAACAUCUCCCAUGCGGAUAUGACAUGCUCUCGGAACGGCGCGAUGAUAUAACAGGGUGAACGUUGCAGACUGCCUACAACGUCUAUUCAUUUCCAUGUUGGGGUUCUAUUCCGACUUACGUUGCAGAUUGCACGACAACAACUAAUAAGAUGGCUGUCACCCAUUGCUCAUAUUGCACUCCAUAAAUCGGCUAACGAUCGCAGGAAUGCAACAAGCAUAUGAACGAGGACGUUAUCUUUCUUUCGGACAUUGCUAAACCGGCUGUCUACAUAGGCACCGAGAGUAAUCUCACGAGACAUCACUACAGCACAAUCAAUGUGCCUCAGAGAUAUUUGUCAUUGCUUAUUACACACGCGUUAUGAGUAACUUUAGACCUCCUUUUGAGUUUCGAGUUACCUAUGGUGGUCUCAGCUGCUCGUUUAGAAGUCAUAUGCAUCGUCAGGUGAGGCGAUUUUUUGCAGGAAAGCUUAUAUCGGUGGAGAGCGAAUCGAUAGUGGUUUUGUCAGUCCCAUGUAAGGUAGUGUAAUAGCGUUCGGCAUGCUGAGGUCGGGAUCGUGAGACCGCCUGAGACCGACUUAUAAGACGCGGUUACACACCAUGUAGGUAUCGAUCAUCUUGACAACAGGGAUUUCCACAGCAAUGGGUAUCACUGCACUCGAUGUUCUUGUACUCACUGUCAGUGCACUUCUCUUCCGUUGGCUCUACGUUCGAAAGAGCUCGCACAACGGAUUACCCCACCCUCCCGGUCCUCCCGGCUUACCGUUGGUCGGUAAUCUGAAUGACGUCCCUACAGAUGAACCUCACGUUAGGUACGCCGAAUGGAGUGGCCAAUACAACUCCGAUAUCAUUCGACUGAAUGUUAUGGGUACAAACAUCAUCAUAAUCAAUUCUCUCAAGGUAGCCAACGACUUGUUCGAUAAACGGUCAUCAAUAUACAAUGAUCGGCCGUACCUCACGAUGCUCUAUGAUUUGGUCGGCAUGUGGUGGGCCAUGUCAUCAACUCCCUACGGCGAAAGAUUUAGAGACAUGCGAAAAGCCUUUCAUCAAGACUUCAAUCACGAAUCCGUGAAGCAAUUCCGCGAAAUGGAGACCAAGGCUUGCCAUGAACUGCUAAGGCGUCUUACUUCUCGCCCUGAACGGUUCAUGGAGGAUAUUCGGCACAUGGCAGGACGCAUCAUCCUUCGUGCUGCAUAUGGCAUUGACAUCGAGAGCGAGAAUGAUCGUUACCUCGAGAUUGCAGAGCAAUCCCUUCAGGCACUUUCAGCUACCGUAAAUGCUGGUUCAUACCUGGUUGAUUCAUUGCCCAUCUUGAAAUAUUUGCCGUCGUGGUUCCCAGGUGCCAAGUUCAAGCGGCAAGCCGAGGUUUGGAGAGCUCCUGUUCUCGACAUGCUCAAUGAGCCAUUUGAUUACGUCAAGAAACGUUUGGCGGAGGGUAAUGCCCAAGAGAGCGCGGCUACCUCGUUGAUGGAGGGAGUCGUAAAGCGCUCAAAAGACCCUAAGUACAUGGAAGAUGUAGUGAAGAACACACUAGGAUCCAUGUACGCUGGCGGUGCUGAUACGACGGUAUCUGCGUUGGGAUCAUUUAUAUCUGCGAUGGUCUUACAUCCUAAAGUACAAAAUAAAGCACAGCAAGAGAUCGACACGGUGGUGGGAUCUGAACGCCUGCCGGAUUAUUCGGAUCGAGAUUCCCUGCCCUAUGUCGACGCUAUUGUAAACGAGACGCUCCGCUGGCAUCCGGUGGUCCCCCUAGAUAUUCCUCACAUGCUGUCUGCCGAUGAUGUAUACAAUGGAUACUACCUUCCGAAGGGAUCGAUUAUUGUCGGAAACUCUUGGGCGGUUCUGCAUGAUGAUAUAGCAUACCCAGAUCCAUCUACUUUCAACCCUGACCGAUUCAUCAAGGAUGGAAGGCUCAAUCCGGACGUUCAAGAUCCGGCUGUAGCUGCGUUCGGGUUUGGGCGUAGGAUAUGUCCGGGAAAGAACUUGGCGAAAGACUCUCUAUGGAUUACCAUUGCUUCGAUCCUCGCUUCAUUUACCAUCGAGAAGGCAACAGACGACAAUGGUCGGCCUAUCACUCCGUCGGAGGAGUACGAGUCCGGCUUGGUCAGCUAUCCUAAGCCUUUCAAAUGUUCUAUCUACCCUAGAUCUGAAGAACGUGCAGCACUCAUUAGUGCUACCGUGUACGAAUGCUAGGUUUUUCGACGGAAAUGCUCCUCAUAGAGUUGGUGAACCUGCCACUGGGCUUCCCUAACUGCCCAUAUAUUAGAACAUCUUACACAGUGUCUAUGUACUGUAUAAGCUCGAUGUUGUUGGUUAAUCUUAUCUGUUAACUGA